CAAGAACAAGAAUCGACUCAAGUAAUUCGAAUUGUUUAUGCUAGCUCGUGAAAAAAAAUUGGAUAUUGGAUAUCGGAAUUAGUCGGGUGCGGAUUUACGAAUUUGGCGUGAUCAGUACAGCUGGCCAAAAAUCAUGCAGUUAAUCGUUAAGUCGUAUGAUACUCGAGUUAUAGACACAAAUGAUUGCCCAACAGCUGCAUAUUUAAAGAUUUUGCUUGCAAACCAGGAUAAUUUACCAUUGGAUAAUUUGCAGUUAUACAACGGUGGAUCUUUAAUUCAUGAUAGUCAAUCUUUGGCAUCUUUGCCAAGUGAUACGUCCAUCGAUGUCGUUGUUCCAGUGUUAGGAGGUAAGGUACAUGGAUCGCUUGCGCGUGCUGGUAAAGUUCGUGGACAGACCCCAAAGGUCGAGAAGCAGGAGAAGAAAAAGUCACCGCGUGGGCGGGCUAAGCGUAGAAUGCAGUACAAUAAACGGUUUGUAGCUGUGGUUCAACAACCCGGUGGCCGAAGAAGAGGCCCAAAUUCAAAUGUAAAGUCAAAUUAAAACAACGUUGAAUAAACUUGUCGGAAACUAUUUCUUUCAUACCUUGUGCUGAGAUUUGCGCGUGGUUUCUGACCCCCACUAGAUCUAGCUAUAUAUUCAGUUGAUGAAUAUUAGUUUUCAUCUCAAGGGAUUCUUGUCUUUUCUAUCGGAGCAUCGAGUGCAACCGUUAUGAACAUGGUUGCCAAUGU